UUUUGCUCUAUUACUGGUUAUAUUACUCAAAUAAAUGCAUCCUGUCAGCAUAAUCCCUUAAUCAUACUUAAUUAUUCCAAACAGUUGACCUACAGAAAGCCUGAUUCAAAAAAAUCACAGACGAAAAUUCCCAUUGCUAUGAAUAACCAAAUAUCUUUCAUUGCUUUUCAGUGGAACUUCAGAAGGAACUGAUCAACACUCAUCAGCAGUCAUUAACAUACAAGCCACGCAGGAUGAGCUGGCCAGCACUGAACUGGCUCGCAUAGCGGAAGAGUUUGAUGAAGAGGGAAACCAGACGGAGGAACUGGGAAACAAGGGUGAUGAUUUGCUGGCCAUGAUGGAUGAGCUCUAAAGAUCAACAUGGACGUGAGCCAUUCGAUACGUGAACGCACCAUCGCUGAGAACAGUCUGGUGAUCCUCCUGCAGGGUCUGCAUGGACAGGUGACCACAGUUGACCUGCGAGACGAGAGCACAGCGAGGGGCAGAGUGAUAAAUGUGGACGCUUUCAUGAACAUCCGGCUGGAGAAUGUCCUAUACAGGGACAGACGGGGACGCAAGUCGAGCAUGGAUGAUCUCUUCAUUACUGGCAGAAACGUGCGGUACGUCCACAUCCCUGACCAGAUCAACAUUAUAGAGACAAUAGAGGCGCAGCUCUCCAAAAUACACCGCGUGCGAAACUUCGGAGCGGGCGGUGGACGGAAGGAGUACUCAAAGAAAAAGUAGCUGAUGCUUGCAGUGUGUUUUUGAUGGGAAUGCUCGUUGGUGAAUAGUUUGUUUAUAUUAAAAUGGUUUCUGGGUCAUGUGGGAAAA